UUUGUUGCUGAUGCAGUGAAGUCAGAGUCAGUGACUGAGGGAGAAUCAGUCUCUCUGAACUCUAGUUUCACUCAAAUACACAGAGAUGAAGAGAUCGAGUGGAGGUUUGGUGACAUUCUCAUAGCUAAAGUAAAGAACAACAAGAGUGUGUUUUAUAAUAGUACUGCUGCUAGGAGAUUCAGAGACAGACUGAAACUGGAUCAUCAGACUGGAUCUCUGACCAUCAUCAACAGCAGAACCACAGACUCUGGACUUUAUACAGUCUCCAGAGACACAACGAUCAACACGAUCAAUCUCACUGUCUAUGCUCGUCUGCCUGUUCCUGUCAUCAGCAGAGACUGUUCAUCUUCAUCUUCAUCAUUAUCAACAAAUUGUUCAUUGUUGUGUUCAGCUGUGAAUGUGAGUCAUGUGACUCUCUCCUGGUUCAAAGGAAACAGUUCAUUGUCCAACAUCAGUGCAUCUAAUCUCAGCAUCAGUCUCUCUCUUCCUCUGGAGGUGGAAUAUCAGGAUAAAAACACCUACAACUGUGUGAUCAACAAUCCCAUCAGAAACCAGACCAGACAUCUCAACAUCACUGAACUCUGUCACACAUGUGCAGACCAUAUCCACUGUUGUGGCUUUACUGAAGCUGUGAUCCGAUUGGCUCUCUCUGCUGUGGUGGGCGUGGCUACUGUGGUUGUUCUGGUUUAUGACAUCAGAUCCAGAAGUCUUCAACAGAAGAAGAGCGUCCAGAAAUAUCCAUCAAACUCUGAUUAAUCAGAUAUCAGGAAGAUGGAAAUGAUUCAGAAUGACUGGAGAUAUUAUAUUACACGGAAUCCUUUGAGUAA